AUGGGGCGUCGACACGAGUUUGGGUUUCCGUCUAGGAUAGUCUCUCGACGCAGGUUUCAAUUCCUGGCCUUCUUCAAAUGCCACGAAUUACCACGGAUAUUCUUCGAACGUAUCUGCCAGCCUUCCAAGACCUGGAAUGAUGAAGGCGAAAUCGUCGAGUGCUCUGAGACGAGCAUUGGACUUGAUUUAGAUCUAGAGAAUAUAAUUCAAGAGGCGAAGGAUAAUGGAAUCAUAAGGGGUUUCGAGACGUUGUUAAACGAAAGCUGGAAACAGUGGUUGUCUUCCAAUUCCGAUGAUAGAGCACGGCGAAACAUCCAGUUCAACAUGUUGGAGCUGAUAUUGAAGGCAUUUCCAACACCAUACACGGAAAUAUCGUGGAUGGAGGUAGAAAGCCAGUUGUCGGAUAUUGUGCAGACAACAUGCGUCCCUUUUCUGUGUGUCCUUGAUAUGAAAGAUCUCAUGGAAUAUCUGAAUGAUCGGCAAUUAGAUAGGGCCAAGAUAGCCAGAUAUCUAGCUACCUUAGCUAAAUUCCUCAUACGUCUUUCGAAAUUGAUGGGGGACAGUAUUCCGGCGACAGUUGAUCCCUUGAUAUUAAGUUGCCUUGAGUAUCUCAAAGAAUGGCCUGGAGUCAAAUCGUUAUACCUAGGUCACGCAAUCGUUCAUGAACAGCUUGAAAGUCUUGACCAUUACGGCAUAAAAUAUUUGAAUGGAAUUAUAGGCCUUGGGUUAGCAUCAAUCCUCACAAGCGAAGAGUCUCCACACCGUUAUAAAUACAACCGCCAAGUUGACUGGCACCCCUUUGGAAAGUCUUUUGCAUACUCGACCAUUGAAUUAUUGACUCAGGCAGAGUUAUAUGGAGCUAUAUCACUGGCCAAACUAAAAGGAGUUGUCUAUGAUGAUCUGCCUUUGACGACUAGAGUUUUGAUUGCGUUUGGCCAGGUCAAGCUUGAAUCAUAUGACAAUGCGCGAGAUAUGCUCGGACCUAUCCUUGAUGAAGUCAAAGGAAUUUAUGGUUCUCAGUCUAUGGAAGUCUUUCUUAUUGGUGCAACACUGGUAAACUGUUUAAACAGAUGCCGAAUGGAAUCUUUAGCCGAGGGGCUGGUCAAUUCGAUUUUUAGAAAGGCAGUGGGCCAGUUGGAAAUGUCGACCACAACUCAAGAGUUUCUUAUUGGACUCUCGACCAAGUCCAACUAUUAUAUCGAUAGCGAGUUGUCUAUGGUUGUUGCAUUCGCUGAUUCUCUUCUCGGCCAAGGCAAACAUGACGACGCUAUUUCUCUUUUUCAAGGUAUCUUGAAGAGGGGACGACCAGGCCGUGAGGACAUUACAAUGAGCGUAGCGCUAAGGAUAUCAAAAAUAAUUCGCAGACUAAACACCAAAUCCUCAAUUAAUGAUGUCCAAACCCUUGAACGCAGUGAUGCUUGGAGAGUGCUCAGGGAUGUAUUAGAUUUCUAUCCCAGAGUUUCAAGCAUUCUGAAAUAUGCCUACGUAGAAGAGGUUAUUUGCCAUCUAUCCCUCUUAGAAGAUGGAGAUACUCGACAGAGAUUCGUGGCAUCUGAGAUUAUCAAAGUGUUGAAUCUAGAACCAAUACCCUACAAGGGGUCUGAGAGUUCGAGAAUAAGCUUUUUCGAAAACCUGCAGACCAUAAAUCAAUACGCAGAACAGCUCAAAACUUCAAGGCCAGGAUUGACCGCAGCUGUUGAAUUGGCUGCCAGUCUUCGAAAAAAGCUUCUCGAGGAACGCAGACAAAGGUUACCAAUUUACGAAACUCGAGCACGUUCGCAGAGGCCAAACAAAUCUCAAGAGACGAGUGACAAAUCGGAAACUGAUUGUGCACCUACUGUAAAGAGAUCAUCAGGGUAUCAGGAUUCGAACCAGGAAACUCCUCUGCCACUAAGAACCAAAAAGGUUAAAGCUACUCCAUCAGUUAGUUGCCAUUUAUGUAACCGCGCAAAUACUAUUCUUCGAAUAGUAGGGCCUGAUGGAGAAGAGGUAUAUUGCACUUGGUGCGAACCUCGCAAUGCUCUUGGGACAGGUAGCUAUCCAAAUACGCAAGCGGGAACCUCAGAUCCAGGAUCCUCUUCCAACUUAUGGCCCAGCCAUAUGAGACCUAUGGAUCAGCACGACCUUUUGAUGAUUGGCGACUCCACGAAUUGUCGGCGGGAAUCUAUUUCACAAUCUCAUCCACCUCAUGUCGCCACACAGCCCCAAAGUAUAGUUCAAUAUGUUCCAGCAAGCUUCGCUACAUAUCAUGGUACUACAUACCAGUAUGCUCCAAAACUGACAGAUGGUAUCAAUUCCCUCAUGGGUGCAGGGCAGGCUCCCAAUUGGAAACCCUCGCCACCAAUACCGAAAGUGUCAAAUGAGAAUACAGAUCGGCGCGUCAAUUCAUUAGCUUCCAUGAAGACGGGAGGGAAUGAACCUUUAGAUACAUCUAUCAAACCCACACUUGCAAGUUCAUAUCUGCCCGGCCAAAGUGAGACCCAUCAAAAACAACCACAAUCAAUGAAGCUUGAUGAUAUCUUACCCGAACAGCGCCCCAAAAAAUGUCCGCAUCCCGCUUGUGGCAAAUUCUAUAUCAAUUACAGGGCUUUGCAGGCUCAUUAUUAUAUGGCUCACGAACAGUGCCAUAUAUGCGCAGCUUGCAAUGCGAGAUUUGGUACAGAAGCAGAAAUUAGACAACACUGCUGCGUUAUACAACCUGGUGAAAAGAAGAGGUUUACUUGUAUGGUACCCGAUUGCGCGAGUCGUUCGAGAGAUUUCAACAGAAAGAGUAGAUUGGAAGAACAUAUGAAGAAAUGGCAUGGUUCUUACUGUUGUUCGGCCGUAAGCUGCCCUCGAGGGCUAGGCCAUGGAUUCAAGGACCAAACUCUACUCAAUGAUCAUCUUAUAAAAGCACACGCCCAAGAGUCUCACUUCAGACGGUGA